AUGAUAUAUCAUUGGGAUGCAUUGGAAAAUAUAUUAGCUAUUCUCAUAUAUGGGCUAGUAUUGUUCCCAACCCAUGAAGGUUUUAUAGAUUCAGCUGCCAUAAGUUUCUUUUGGGCCGUUUGGAAGGAUAAACAAAGUUUGGUUCCUCCACUAAUAGCUGACACUUUUCAUACUUUGCAUACUCGACAUCAAAAGAAGAAUGGAAUGUUGAUAUGUUGCCUUCCAUUUCUUUAUAAUUGUCUUAUCUCAUAUGUGUUCAAGCCUAAUGCUCACAUCAGUGAAAUUUCCAAUGGGGAUUGGGCAAGAACUCUGGUGUCUUUGUUUAGUAAGGAUAUCAUUUGGUACCGACGCAAGCUGAAUGUUGAAGAAAUCAUUGUUAGUUGUGGUAGUUUUCCAAAUGUACCACUAAUAGGAUCUAAAGGUUACAUCAGAUACAACCUUGUGUUAGCUCUGCGACAAUUUGGAUACCCUAUGCGUGGGAAGCCCGAUGAUAAAGAGUUAGAAGAGAUGGUUUUGAAUGAUAUGGGAACCAAUGAUCCAGUUCUACUCCAUAAGAUCAUCCGAUCUUGGGAAAAGGUGCAUACCAAAGGAACAAAAUUAGCAAAGAAGAAUGGUGCAGCAAGGGUUCCUUAUCAGCAAUGGGUCUCAGAGAGGAUCAAAGUGGUGAAGCUCCCUUUUUCUGUAGAGAUUCCUCUAAAGUAUACUUCACCAGAACCAGUCCCUGUUUCUCUUGAAGAGGUGGAAGAACUUUGA